UUAAGAGCACAGGUCAUUGCUGUUAUUUGCCGCUUCCUACCGGAUUUUAAGUCGUUUUGUCACCAAUACUUGUGCUUUUCUUGUAAAUCAUUGUGUUUUUACCUUUUUAUCGCGACACGGAGAAAGAAAUGGCAGACUGGAAGUCGCAGAUAAGUUACAACUACAACCACCCUUAUCACGCCUACGCCUACGGCCUCGUGUACCAAUCCGGGCCCGAGCAAAACCACGGGAACCUGAACGGCUGGGGCGACGCUGGAGUCACGGAUUUGAGCAACUACAACGCCGGGAUGACACAGGCCUACUACGCCACCGCCGCUAGGACCCGCGAGGAGUCCCCGCCUGGCAGCCCGGAGCAGCACGUCGUGGACGGCCAUUGUCAUUACCAGGGCUCCGGGGUGGUGUACCUCGGUGACCCCCAGGCAGGCCGCCUGCUCCUGGCCGGAACAGGAACGCAUCGGGCGGCCUACGACGCACGGGCACAUGAGGCCAGGCGGGCCGGGAGCGAUUCAACCAGUGACUCGGAGGCGCACACAUCCCCAGAUUCAUGGAGUUCUGUGAGCAGCAGAGAAGGAAGCCUCCCCCAGACAGACCCUGCUACCUGGGCAAAGAAAGAUCUCGACGAUGAGCCAGGUGUCAGGAGCCCAGAUGCCAGCGAGGCUGUCUCAGCCGUUCUCAUGGACGAGCCAGAGACCUUUGCUGUCACAGGAAGUGAGAGCACCAACAACACUACCCCUCUACUUGUACCGUUAACUGCCCCAAAAUUGCCAAGCACUACUGCUGUGAAAAACUCCAAAGGAAAGGCCCGGGCAGCCUUCUCAGAGAGUCAGAUGAAUACUCUUGUCCAGCGCUUCAGUGUGCAGAGGUACCUCACCCCGGCGGAAAUGAAGAACCUAGCAGAACUGACAGGGCUGACCUACAAACAGGUUAAGACUUGGUUCCAGAACCGAAGGAUGAAGCUAAGGAGGCACCAGAAAGACACCAGCUGGGUGUCUGAGCGCUACAACACCAACAACAAGGACAACACAAUUUGUGGAACCAUCUUCACCAAUAUUCCCUCACACAUCCCACCUUAUCAGGGAGAGGUGCUGCCACAGCUGAAAGAGCAUUACAACCAGCACAUGAUGGAGGCAGCCAUGAAGAAGACAACUCCUCAGAACCUGGCCUUCUAUCUGGCUGCUAUGGGCUCUGCUGCUGGACCUACUGGCUACGCCCCGUGGUCCUCCAGCUCACCCCCGACUGCAGUGCCCACCAGGCAACAGACGCCUGGCUGGUCCAUGCCCCCAGGAGUCGGCCAUUAUGAAUACAAUCCCAAUGCGUUCAACUUGACCAGCAUUGCAUCUGCAAAUAACACCGGACACGACACGAGCUUUGAAAGCAAAGAUGGGGAUCCUGUUAACAGUCGCAGCCAUAGUACAUAGUGCCAGCUGGUGGUCGAGGUCUGAGCUGAUGAUCACAAAAGCUUUUCUGUAAAUGUUACCCAACAGUGGUGUUGAUAUUCUUCUAUUCAAGUUUCCUGACUGUAGUUUGUAAUUAUGGGGUAUUUUUCCAGCCUGGGUGUACAUAAGCAUUGUUCAUACUCCGGUUCAAAAGUAUUACUUUUUUUUUUUUUUU